GUUCGUACUCGGUUGUGAAAUUGUGACCCUCGAUCCUGGGAAAAGGUCCACGACGUUUCGAGUUUGGUGUUUUCUCUCUAUAACAGUAGCCGGACGAAGACACUGCUGGGUCUUGGAUUUGCUUCGGGUUUUCGAACGACGAGUGCGUGUUGUUCUGGCAGGAUGCGAAAAAUGUGAAAAUAUGGAAAACCUGAAUCGGAAAAGUGUUUUGGAUUAACAAACAACGGUGUGCUUAGGGCUGUUUUUCGGUCUCGCGAGCCUUGUUAUCACGCAAAUUUUUGGUCCGUAACACAGUUUCUGGGUGUCAAAAACUUGUAUUCGUGGGCUUAUUCAUCCCGUCGACGUGAGUUAUGUGGAGGAAUUCGGGUGAAUCGACACGAACGGGAGAUGUUCAUCUGUGGUUCAAGUGUGUUACGGCAUAUUAUUGAUAUUUUGAGAAUUUUCCAGCAUCCGGUGGGACCGCAUCGGAAAAGUCUUUAAAUAAAUGUUGGCACGAAGUUCACCAUAAGGCAGGGCUCUGCUAGUGAUGACGUCUUCUCGAAGAAUUUAAGGAUAAAAGUUGUCGGGUGAAAAGUAUCAAAAACACACAAACUUCGAUACUGCGCGAAGUUCUUCUCGGUUUUAUUCGGUUCUUCCUUUUAAGGUUGUUGGGCAAAAUUCUCGUCGCAAAGUUCGCGUUCCAUAAGAAAAAGGUCUUCACUCGGGAGUUCACAGGAGCAGAUCUGCAAUAAAAAUAAGCAAGACCAUAUAGAGUGCUCGUUGUGCUUUCAGUAAAAAAAUCACUAAAAGAUCACCUAGCAGCAUCCGCAAAUGUUUUUCAUCGCUCUCACACGGAGUGCAACCCUUCGGAAUCACCCAUAAGUGGAAGUGACUUGUGAAGACAAGUACGUGUUUACCGAAUAUCCAACUCCAACAUCAUAAACCAUUCGACCGCAAUCCUGUUCUCACCGGUGGAAGUUUGAGGGGGGGAAUUUUUAGAUAAAGUGUGACGAGUCAGUGUCAGUAUAUCGGGUGUUAUUUUUUAGGCAGCCAAAAUUUGUUUCCCUUCCCCCCUCUUCGACCGGAAUCGGAACCAGUGAAAAGAAGAGGCAACUACAAAAAAGUUGACACAUUCUUGGCACAUGUUCAACGUCGAGGUUCCACUUCAGGCCGGAUGUUGCCCUGAACGCCAAGAAAUAACAACAAUCUCAUCAACAACAACAACAGCAACAACCAAAACGACGACGACUGCCAAAGUCAAAACGGAUUUUUCCAGGAAGGUGGCACGCUGAGUCAAUCGGAUGGAUGAUUGUAAAUACUUGAUAGCGCUGCUGCUGGCGGCGCUUUUGAGCGAUCGAAUAUCGACGGCAGACUCCUACAGCAGCAAUGGCAUCAGUAGCAGCAGCAGCAGCAGCCCUCAGCUAUCGUCGUCGUCGUCGUCGUCAUCAUCAUCGUCAUCAUCCAGUGGCUCUCCAUCGCAGCCAGGAAGAACUUCCGGUGGCCGGUCCGGUGCUCCACAGGCGAUAGCUUCCCUUUCGUCGGCCUCGAUAGCUGCCGCACUGGCCGCAAGAAACAGUAACAACAACGCGGCUGCAGCGGCGGCGGCGGCAGCGGCAUCAGCGGCCUUGGCGGCAGCUUCGGCUUCCUCAUCAGCGGCGCCAAUGUCCACAGUGUCGGCGGCAGCAGCAGCAGAUAAAGGAAGCAGCCACACGCCCACCGAUUGCAAUUUGGCCCAGUUUAGGUGCAGCAAUGGCACUUGCAUCGAUUCGGCCAAAUUCUGCGACGGCAGCUUCGAUUGUCUCGAUAAAAGCGAUGAGCCACGGCUUUGCACAGCUUGCAAUCGAACGUUGUACGGAGAGGUGGGAAGAACCUACGAGCUGCAGCUCCAGCCGCAUCAGCUGCAACAAUUUCUUCAGAAGAACCAGGAGCAUAAUGGUGGCAAAAAUGCAUAUCCAUUUUUGUGCCAUUUCAACUUUACUGCCCCCGGAGGUUCUUUCGGAAAUAUUGUGCAGCUCAAUUUCGCCCGCUUCAGCAUCGGAAAAUUCGUCCCGGAUCUGAACGGGGGUGGAGGUGGAGCCCGAAUGAUGGGUCAGUUCCGACAUGACCAACAGGGCUCGGGUCACGGAGCGGCGGGUCAGCAGCAUCCGGGCUACUCGGAUCACGAUUCCUGCCCGGAAGGAUUCAUGACCAUCCGGGAGCACGGCUUGCCGGAUUUGAACGGGAAAUGGUGCGGCACUGCAUCGGGCUAUACGAUCUACUACAGUGAGACCAAGUCGGUGAAUGUGACGAUCCGGUUGGACCGGUUGCCACCGAUGACGGGAAGUGGUGCGGCGACGAUUGGAGCGGUUCCGGGAGUUGGAGCCGGAAGCGGAGCUCCUGGAGCAGGAUUGGCCGCCGGAAACGGUGGGAUGGAGUUUCGAUUGAUAUACAAGUUCUUGCGGUACACGGAUGCCAAGCUACGGUACGACAACAGGAUAUGGAAUGGUGACCUGGUUCCGGGAUCGUACUGCAAUAGAAAUUUUUAUGACUGCGACAAACGAAUCUGCCGAAUACGGUCGCCCAACUAUCCCGGCAUUUAUCCACGCAAUUUAACAUGUAAAUAUUAUAUCAAUCACCGAACGCCACCGAGUGGGCUUCACGCGAUGAUCGUCCUCCGGCAGCCCGAUGGCCAUAAAUUAAACAUCAAGGAACAGGCCGAACAUCACGGGGCAAGCACCAGGAUUUUAAGGAGUUGGGAGCAGUGUGACAUUGAACAGGACUAUCUCACGAUACACGAUGGAAAGGCUCUGGAGGCUCCGGAAAUCGGUCGAAUUUGCGGGGGCGAUGUGCUACCGGACAUCGUAUCGAGUGGAUCGGACAUGAUGGUUCAAUUUCGAACUUCCCCCUACGAUGUUCCGUUUCACCCAAAUCCGAUAACGUUUUUGCCUGGAUUUGAGCUGGAGGUUCAUAUUCUCUAUGUGAACUCGAACUCUCAAUCCUACAUACGUCAGCCAGGGCGUUGCGAGUUUUCGAUUAGCGCCUUCGAGAGCCAAACUGGUGAACUGGAAAGUCCACAGCAUACCCUGCCCCCGGAAAGUUCCUGUAUCUAUCACUUCCAGGGGCGGCGCCACGAAACAGUCUGGAUAUCGUUCAUCAAAUAUCACUCGGCCAUUGAUCCAACAGGUUUCGAGUCUCCAGCCGAAUGCGUUACUCAGCUGCGCAUUUGGGAUGGACGAUGGUCUGUCUCGUCCAGGCCUUACGUUUUUUCAGGUUCUAAUCCGGAAUACAGUCGAAACGCAAGUUUGAUUGAACAGAUUUGCCGAGAAGAGGUUCCCCGUCUUUGUUCUAGGUCGUUGGUUUCCAAAGGAACCCGACCGUGUUCUACGCAAGAGAGCUACCUGUCAACAGGAUCAGAUUUGACUAUUGAGUAUCGACCUAGUCCUAUUGGAACCGCAAGGCUAUACGGUCCAGCAUCGGCCUUCAAACUGCGUUACGAAUUCGUUGACAAUUCGCUUGGUGGAGCUCCCUUGGAACCAUUGGUGGCACCUUCGGCAAUGCCAGAACCGGCCGCUUUGGUACAAUUUCAUCCGAAAUCUUGUGACCGAGUUUUUCGAUCAUCAUCCGCUUCCCGAGGAAUCUUCCGAUCACCAUCGAAUGUUUUCCUAUAUGGAAGAGGAGGAUCACCCAACAUAUCCUGCACGAUAAGAUUCGAGGCUGGAAUCGGGGAAAGUGUCAGACUUUCGAUAACCCGAGCACGAUUCGGAGGUCGCUCUUGUCAGAACAUCCAGAACCGAUCAGGCCGUUGGCACUGCAACCACCAAAAUGGGCCGGUAUCCGAUUUACGUAUUAGCGAAGUACCCUGGACUGACAUUCCUCCAUUGCCCCGGGAUUGUCUAUGCUCGGACGUCCCAGCAUCAAUCAAUUUGGCUCCACUGGCGGCGAGUAUUGUAGAGGUUAGAUUCACCGCAAUGCAGAUGGAGGUGGAUCAAGAUUUUAGAGACUUUUACUUCGAGGGUAGGUAUGAGUUCGAAAAGGAUGGUUGCGAAACCGAUUGGAGCGAGCGAAGACUUCGUGGACGUAGUGGUGAUGCGCUGUUGAAGCCGACUGCUUGCCCUGCGUUGAUCCAACCUUGGCUGUUGGAACCUGAAACCGAUGGAAGCUAUUUGGUGCUAAAAAUGAAGGGAUUCUGGAUGCCACCUUUGCUUCACUCAGCACCUCCCUGUCCGACCGAUGCACGUAUAACGGUGUAUUCAACGAAUAAUCCGAAAAGUUCGAGGGAUUUGUGUCCAUCGGGACCGGAUGUGGUGGCGUUCUCUGAUGGUUGGGACAAUGCAUUUGGGUUUAGCGCUUUGGAAAUCUCUAAGAGUCUGAUAAUCGAGUUCAAAAGCUCCCGGAAGCCGAGGGAUAUCGAUGGCAAUGAGUACAAGUUCUCCUGGAUGGAGAUCUACCCGGGUAAUGAUUGCCCAUACAAAUGCCAAGAGCUGCAGGCUUGUAUACCAGCGGAGUUGUGGUGCGAUGGAAAAAUUCACUGUCCAUCGGGACAAGAUGAAAGUUCUUCGGAGUGUGACAGCCGAUUGCCGCUGUCUCCACUUCACGUAGGAAUAGCUGCAGCUACGUUAACGCUGUUCCUGUCGCUGGCGGCCGGAUUGACGGCAUGUGCACGAAGAAAGCGAGUCGAGAAGAAGCACCAGUUUCAGCAGGGCCAUCUGGAGGCCAAUGGAAGGUAUCCUCAUCAUCCAAGUUACGGGCAUGGAAAUCCGCACCAUCACAUGGGCAGCAGUCAUGCCUUGACUCCGAUCUAUCUGGACCCCUGCAAGGAUAGCUUCUGUUGACAGGAGCUGGAGACUUCGGUGUAGCCCACGCCGAAGUCCCAGGAUUUCUACUACUUUGCGUUCAACCGCUAGGACGUGGGCAUAGCACUGAUUUUUAUUGUGGGAUGGUAUGCGGUAAGGAAGAGGACAGUUUGGCGAAGAAGUGUGGUGGAGAGUUUUAAAAGACUUUCGGUUAAGACGAACACGAACGAAACACUCUGGUGAUAUUAAGUGUUAUAGUAGAGCAGGACGACCCUGAAAUAAAUCAUCAGUAGCAGCAGCAGAAAUCCAACCAAUAGGGAUAACACAAUUUAAAACAUAAAAAAGGAAUAAAAAAACUGACUAGCAAAUCUUAAGAAACAUUUAAAAUCCUAGCAAUGUAUAGUGUCUGCAAAUCCCUCUGAAAUAAAACAACUGAUAAGAAUGUGGAAUGAAUGAAAUCAUGAAAAAUAUUGAAUGCGAGUGAGUGAAUGAGUGUCAUCAUUUGUUGUUGAAAAGUGGUUGAGAUGUUUCUUGGGCAGGAAUGGCGGUGUGUCAAGCGUGAGGGUUUUUUGAAAAUAAAUAUAAGUGAUCAACUGUUUGAGUCAUCAUUAAAAUUACCAAGGAAUCUUCACAUUGACACACCGAGUGUACUACCCUCAAAUCCAAUCCCUGAAAGGCAAACCGUAUGAAUUAUAAUCGUAAUGAGGCGAAAUUAAUUUUAAUUAAGACAAUCAGUUGUUGAAAGCGCAAACGAAGUGGACGAAUCGGGUCGAGAAAAAGCAACAAGAAAAAAUAAUUCGAUAGAAAGCAAAGGAAAUCCUUCGGAAAGUAUGACGAAUGGUUGAACGGGAAAGUACACGAUAUUAUGAUGAACCCUCCAGUAGAGAUUUUGUUUUGCUGCUCAUCCUUCUUCUGAGUAAGUCUUUUCGAUUUAAAAAAAACGGGUCAACAUUAAAGAGUCAGAUAGCCGGAGCCAAGGGGAAAACUUUUACAUUUACUGGGAAUAUUAUUUUAAAUUACACUGCUGAUUCGAGCACCAUCAGCUGCUCUUCGAGCAGAUUGGGAGUGGGAAUGGGAUGAGAAAACAUCGGCUAAAGAGAAACUACCGGAUCCUUAGCAGAAUUGUCUCCAUUACAGUAAAAGCCAAAGAGAUUUGCUGAUGUUGCCACUUUACACACUGUCCGGCUUCCAUGUGGCUUCCAGGGGAUGGAAAGUGAAAAGUGAAGAAAAAGUGGCUGUCAUUUGUUACUGAAGCGUGGCGGAAAUAAAUCGAACGGAAAGAUGCGUCUCCAUCAUUCCACCAGCCCUAUAGGCGCUGGGAUUACCUUUGACUCCCGAAGUCGGUAGAGCAAAACGGAAAAAAAAUCGAAAGAAAAUCUCAAAAAAAAACUUGGAUGAAAGCGGAAGUGAGAUUUCGAAAAUUUUCACAAACAAUACACCGCUGCUGCCAAAAGUUGCAGGGAUAGACGAAAUUGGAAGGAAAUUACGUUCAGGUCAAGUGACAAUGACGUCUCGUUUUUCGAAAUCCAUCCCGUUGAUCCCAAUGUUGGCUGAGCUGGGAGUGACGAGGUGGACUGAGUAGUUGAAAAUCUUCUCAUUUGUUCUAAGAUUCAACAAAUGAGAUACAUUUGUCAGUCCGGUUUUAGCUCAAAACGAAAUUCUGUAAUUGAUGACUUCAGCGUUUUUUCUUCCAUUUGCUGAAAAUAUUCAGAAUGGUUUGUUAACUGUUGCAAUUUAUGUUUCGAGAAAGUAUUGAUGGGUGAAAAAACAGCUCAGUAUAUAAAUGUUGAGUUGAAAUUACGUCUUACGGUAACACUAAAAGGGUACAAUUCUCUGAGUGCAUUUUGAGUCACUAAAAUGCGAAUCCUUAAGAAUUUUUUUCAGUAAAUAUCCUGGCCGGUAAAAUAUUUGAUUUUUAAAUGGUCGACUAAAAUCCGGGCAAUACCGUAAACUGGGGGAACUUUGAUCAGAGUUUUUGAAUUAUUUAAAAUGUUAUUUUAAAAUCCUAAAAUAUCUGGUUUUUCGAAGGCUCACAAACAAACAUCUCUCCUGAUCAGGAGAGCAAAUGGGUUGUUUUAUAGUAAAAAUGGAGAAAACCCUAUCAAAUGGUUAAAUUUGAAGAUAAAAAGAUCAUGGAAACAGUGCGAGGACCUAGGGAACUGCACGAAGGCAAAACUUCAUUCGUUUUUAAGGCCAAAAAAAUUGAGAAAUGUGUAUGAUUUUUACCCCUAGAUGUAUGCAGCAAUAUUGUCCAUCUAUUAAUUUAAAUGUUUUUUUAAAAAAGGUUGAAAAAUCAUUUUAGUCUUAACAAAAAAACUGUUACUAAUUUUAUAAUUAAACUACCAUUACCAAAAAGCAACCCCUUCCAAAAUAUUCAAAAAUGAAUGAAAAAAGUGACCAAAGUUCCCCCAGUUUACGGUACCCGGGCCAAUUUGGUCAAAGCUUAGGAAUUCCUCAUCAAAAUCAUCAAAAAUCAAGAAAAAUAACUUGAAAAAAAUGGUUUUAUUAAAAUUUAUCAGCAGAUUUUAAAUCAUGAUUUUUUUUAUAAAACUUGAUCAAGAAAUGUAAUUUUGGCGUAUAAAAAAAUAAUUUCAAAAAACAAUUUGUUUUUUUUAGUUUAAGAAUGAGAAUGAGAAUAAACUCGGACAAAAUCUGGGCUUUUCCAAUGAAAUGCGGCAACCGGAUUGGAACGGACUUUUCUCAAAUUUUAUUUUAAAUAUUCGGACAACCUUAACCUAGCCUAUCAGUAAGUAACCAAAUAAUCCUCUCACCAAUCAUGAUUCACUUAUUUGGAAACUGUUCAUGAAGAUUAGUAACGUAUGAGUAUCAGGAUCCAGAAUCCGAAUCCGGGACAAGGAUCCUAAACUAGGACCUGUUUUGGGAUUCGAGUCCAACAUUAAGAUAAUAGUCUAGGAUUAGGCUCUGAAUCUGGAAUCAGAAACAAGAGCUUAAAUCUAGAAUCAGAAUUAUGAAGAAAACAUAUUAAAGAAUCAAAUCAGGAUUAAGGAAGAGGUUCUAAGAUACAGAACCUGAGAUCAGAAACCAGGAUUAGGAUCAGAAUCUGAGAUCUUUUUCAGGGUCAUAAUCUAUGAUCAGAGAUAAAUAUCAGGAUCCAGGAUCAGAACUAGGAUGCAGAAACAGGAUCCAGGACCAGGAUCUAGGAUCGGGAUCCGGAAACAUGAUUAGAAUCUUGGAAUCGGGUCUGGGAUCAGGACCUAAUAAGGCAACCAGAUUGAGGAUAGUAAUCAACAUCAGGAUAUGAUGUCAGAAUCAAAGUCCUGCAUCAAAAUAAGAACUAAAAAUCUCAAUCUGAGAUAAAGAUCAGGUACUGAGUUCAGCUUAAAUGUUUGAUUAUGAAUAAGGGUAGAGGAUCAGAAUCCAGAACAAAGUUGCAUAAACUUCUGUGUUUUUGUUAGGAAAGAAAAUUAGAAUUUCUGUGAUUUUUCCCCGAAAUUCUAUGACGGUUUUCUUUGAAUAUUUUCGAAAUUCUGUAGUCUAUAACUCUCUGUAAAAUUAAAGAUUUUUCUGUGAUUUCGCAACCUUUAUUCAAAAUACGAUAUUAAGAUCAGAAUCCGGAAUGAGGGGCUAGGAUUUUGAAAUCAGGGAAUUUACUUGGGUUUUAGAAUCAGAUAUCAAGAGCUUAAAGUGAAAUUUAAAAUGCGGGAUCAGAACCGGUAUGCGGUAUAAAGCUAAAUGCAUUCAGAAUUCGAGAUCAGAAUCCACAUUUUAAUUUUGGAAAAAAAAAAUCCGCAGAAUUGAGGACUAAAGAAAUACGGUCAAUGUCCAAAGAUAAUCAUACUGCUUGCACAUCAAAAUUUUCAAGGUUGAUGGAACAACAAUUUGACGUAGUCGGAGAAACUAUUGGUUCCACCAGACAUUUUUUAAUUUACAAAGUAUAGCAACUUUUACCCUACAAAGAGAAACGAACAAGUCGCGAAAAACUUUGUUUCUAAUGAUAAAUCAAAUGAAAACGAUUGUAAAUUUAAAAAAAAAUAUUAAUUAACGCAUGAAGCACUAAUUGCAGUAAUUUUCUGUCAAUGAUGUUUUCAAUGAAAAAGGAUAAGGUUGCUGCAUACAUAAAGGGGUAAAAAAUACUAUAAAAAUUUCUGGGGCUCGGACAUUCGGCCGAAGGCCGGUAGGCCGAAAGAUGUUAGGCCGAAGGUCGCUAGGCCAAAUGGGUUAAAAGGUCGAAGGAUGUUCGGACGAAUAAGACAAUAGGCCGAAUGGGACAUUAGGCCGAAGGUUAUUUGGCCGAAUUUUAUCAGGCCGAAUGGUCAUCAGGCCGAAUGGACGAUAGGCUGAAUGGUCGCUAGGCCGAAUGGUCGUACGGCCGAAUGGCCAUACGGCCGAAUGGUCAUUUGGCCGAAUGGUCAUUAGGCCGAAUGAUCAUUAGGCCGAAUGGUCAUUAGGGCGAAUGGUUGUAAGGCCGAAUAGUCGUAAGGCCGAAUGAUCGUAAGGCCGAAUGGUCACAAGGCCGAAUGGUCGCAAGGCCGAAUGGUCGCAAGGCCGAAUGGUGCAAGGCCGAAUGGUCGCAAGGCCGAAUGGUCGCAAGGCCGAAUGGUCGCAAGGCCGAAAGAUCGUUAGGCCGAAUGGUCGUAAGGCCGAAUGAAUGCCAGGCCGAUAAAACAUAUUAACGCUUUUUUGUAUUUUGAGCGAAUAGUAGUUUGGCCGAAUGGGCGAAAGGCCGAGUGUUCAUAAGGCCGAAUGGUCAUUGGGCCGAAUAGUCAUCAGGCAGAAUGGAUGCAAGGUCGGAUUCAACCAUUCGGCUUUGCAACCAUUCGGCCUAUCGUCCAUUCGGUCUUACAACCAUUCGACCUGAUGACCAUUCGGCCUUACGAAAAUUUGACCUAUUGUCCAUUCGCCCUAACUGUCAUUUGCCCCAACAUGCAAACAAGCGUUGAUAUGUCUUAUCGGCCUGGCAUACAUUCGGCCUAACGACCAUUUUGCCUAGUGACCAUUCGGCCUAGUGAUUAUUCGGCCAAAUGACCAUUCGGCCUAAUGACCAUUCGGCCAAAUGACCGUUCGGCAUUAUGACCAUUCGGCCUAAGGACCAUUCGGCCUAGUGACCAUUCGGCGUAGUGACCAUUCGGCCUAGUGACCAUUCGGCCUAAUGACCAUUCGGCCUAAUGACCAUUCGGCCAAAUGACCAUUCGGCCAAAUGACCAUUCGGCCUAACGACCAUUCGGCCUGAUGACCAUUCGGCCUAAUAACCAUUCGGCCUUAUGACCUUUCGGCCUGAUGAUCAUUCGGCCUAGUGACCAUUUGGCCGAACAUCCUUUCGGCCUGGCGUCUUUUCGGCCUAACAGCUUCGGCUGGUUAACCGUCGGCCGAAUAACCCAUUCGGCCUAGUGGCCUAUUCGGCCAGAUAACCCAUUCGGCCUAACGUCCAUCGGCCAAAUGACCUUCGGCCGAAUGGCUUUCGGCCUCAUGACUUUCGGCCGAAUGACCCAGCCUCAAAUUUUCUAUUUGCUGAAAUCAUAAAAAUUAAUGUUUGGAUGGAUGACAUUUUGAAAUUAAAAAAACACGUGAUGGGAAACAAUCAUUUUUCAGCAAACGUAAACGUGUUUUAAAAGGAGAAUCUUUGAUUUGCAUGUUGAUGCAUUUUAUCCAAGACUGGUAACUGAAUUUUGAAAAUGUUUUAAAAAAAUUGAUGACUGUUCGAAAAACUUUUUUAUCAUCAACAUUAUUAGUAUGGGAAAAUUAAGCAAUAUAAACUUUGUAGCUGAUUAAGUCAUUAAGUCAAUUCUUCAUACUUAGUAAAGUUUUUUAAAGCAUCGAAAAAUGUUAAAAUUUGUUCAUCUAUUGCUCGAUUUUUUAAAUAUUCUAUGAGAAUCUAAAACUCUAAAAAAUUAUCUCGCGAUGUAAGAAAAUAUGUCAUGGCUAAAACCCAGGAAUUACUCAACACAAAACAAGAAAACAUUGUUUGUUUCAUUGGCAGUUUUUAAAUCGUACUUUAGGCUUUUAAAAAUCUCUUCAUGAUAAUUUUUAUGAAACUUGCUCAAGAAAUUUCGUUUCGGUGCAUAAAUAAAAAAUUUUGCAUCAAAAUUUGUUUUUUUGUUGUUGUUUGUUUUGGCAAAUAAAGAAAACCAUUCCGGGAAAAAUCCGGGCUUUCAUUAAAUAUCCAGGCAAAUUCGGAUAAAACCGGGCAAUCUGGCAACCUUAGUCAUGGCCAUUUUGUCAUAAAAAAAUGAUAACAUUAUGAUCCUCCAAUUGACGGUAAUUAUGAAAAAAUUGGUAAGGAUUAAAAUCAGAGAUCAGCAUUUGGAUUCUGUUUCAGAAAUCAGUAUAAGCAAAAAAAAUCGCGAUCACGGUCCAGUACCAAGAAUAAGGAUACAGUAUAAAGGUUUACGUUAAAGAUCCAGAUCAAAGGCCAGGUUCCAAGAUCAGGAUCCAAGAUAACAGAUUGUAAUCAGAUUGAGGAUCAGAAUGUGAAAUCUGGUACCAUGAUAGAGCUCAGGAAUCAGGAUUAACGUUACGAUCCAGGAUGGAAAUUUUACAUAUUAUCAAGGUUCAAGACUUAAGAUCACGAUCCAGGAUUUGGAAUCAUGAUCCAGGAUUUGGAAUCAUGAUCCAAGAUCUGGGAUCGGUAUACAGAGCUAGAAUCUAGGAUCCGAAUUUUUAAUAAAUAUCCAAAGUCUGAGAUAAGGUAUCAUGAUCAGUAUUAAGGAUCAACAUCGGAUUGAGGACAACCACUUUAAGCUUUUUCUACUACUUUUGAUAAAUUAAAAGUUCUGAUUGAAUCAUACAGUUGAAAAAAAGUAAUUUCUAUUGAAUUUAAAAGUCUAUUUAUACUGAAAAAAAAAUUGGGAAAUGGAAUCAAAUAUGUUACGUCGAUUAUAAACUUUGUAUUGGGAUUGAAGCAAAAUAUGGAAUAAAAUAGCUUUAUCAAACACAUUUGUUUCAUGUAAACCUCAGAAUAUCGUGUACAAUUUGUAUUCCGCCAUUCGCUAUCGUUAUUUUUAAAUUCAGGUAUAACAAUUGAUUUUUUAAAUUAUAAAACAAAAUGAAAUAUUCUAAAAAUCUUUCCGACUUAGAAUAGCAACAUAACCCGAAUGUACAUUUCGAAUCUCCAGCGAACGAAAAUUAAGGUUGUGAAAAAUGGAUUCGGAUAUGGAGAGAUAAAUGCGCAAAAUUCUCGAUUGAAAUGAAUCUAUCCUAUGGUAAGAUGAGAGAUCGGCUUGAUUCGAAAACUUUUCAACCGCAUGGCAAUGCUGCUGUAAAUAUUCUGGACUAAUCAUCAGAAACGAAAGAAUCCCAGUAACUGAUAUACGUUUUAAGUAUCUUAGACCGUUAAGCGAAAGGUUUAGGUUUUAGUAGCUACGUAAUGUACCAUAUAUUUAGGAUUAAACUGAUUCCUAGGCUAAGCUCAGCAGAAUGUUACUUGAAUGUGUGAGGCAAUUUAGUCAUUAGUCAAUAAAUAAAAAAUUACAAUUUUCCAUAUUCCAAAUCACUUCAUCAUUCAACCAAUCUUCCACGAAAAUCAGUAAAAAAUUUCUUUGAAAUAAAAAAAAAAUAUCAAUCAUAGCACCUUUCUCUCUGAAGCGUCGAAAAAAUCUUCCACCUCACAGAUAAUUCAAAUACAGAAACCUGAUUCAACAUAAAAUAAGAGUUGUACAUACAAACUAAAAAAGAAACCAGAAUCCGAAGGAAUGAUAUACUGAUUUGAUAUUAGAUCCGGUAACAUUGCCGCAAAACAAAUCAGAGUUUAGCUGUAAGACCAGAACAAAAUAGACUUGAAAAACCCGAGAAAGUUUGCAGAGUUUGACCGAACUAGAGCUAAAUAAUUAAAAUAAAAUAAAAAUUCAAAACGCAAAUAAAUGGAAGUUGGUCAUUCCCUUUCUCGAAUCGUCAAAUAAUAAUGUGAUUCUCAGUAGAUAAGAACGAAUUGAAGUAAGUAACACUGGUAAAAAGUCUCCUCGAAUAAAUCAAUAAAUGUAGAAAAAUAUUGAUACCUACAAAUUUUGCAAUUUGAUUUUUUUUUUCGUUGGAUUCAAUCUCCUUCAAAUAGUUUAUUUUUGUUUUAAGUUAGUAGUUCGCAGAAAAUUCCUAGAACCCAAAUUUGUUUGUAAACAAAAUGUAUGUUUACUCCACCAUUAUGUACCUAAGCUUAUCAAUCGAAGUUAUCGAUCCUUAAAAACUUCCCCUUAUUGUUUAUUAACAAUGAAAUGCUUCAAGUUUCUUUCGUUUCUAGAAUUGCAUAGUGUUUUUCAAGAAAAUCAGAUAAUCAUCAUUCUCAAUACAAAAGAGCAAUUUAUCAGAGAUCGAGAAAACAAAAAAAAAAAUAGAAUUAAUGAGCUCGAUUAUACAAUCAACUGAAAAACUUUUAGUUUACCAAUUUCACGACAUAAUAGUAACACGAAUACCCAAGAAAAAAAUUGGAAUUGGAAAUAUCUGUAAAUACUAGCAAAAUUAUUAAAAAGAGAAACCAAUUGAAGACUUACUGUGCUGCUAGGAAUGUAAAUUUGAACUUCCCUCCUAGUUUGAUGCAUUUUAAACAAGGUUGUAAAAUAGUUCUAACAACGCAAAGUAACUCGCGUCUUGUUUGAUUUUCCUACGUAUGAGCUAUACCGCGUUAAUUGGCGAUCAAAUGUAAACUUUCUCCCAGAAGAAAGUUCGUUCCCUGAUGCCUAUUGAAGCACCUUCAAUAUUGCUACGAAUAUCAAACGAAUAGAGAAACGAACAGGAAAAAUUAAAAACUCAAAUUCAAAUUCGGUUCCCAAAUUCAAUUUUAGGAACUUCAAAAACAAUCACGAACUAACAUGAGGUUAUGAUAUGUUGAAACGUUGAAGAAUAAGCACCCAUCUUCAAUUAUAACCUACGGGAAAUAAAAGUGUGUGUAUAAGAAAUGUCUUGGAGCUAAAUGUACAGAACGAUUAAAGAGCAACCUUCAUAUGUAAGUUACGUGAAUGUGCUAUGUGGGUACCGGAAUGGAUUGGAUUGAUGUGACCGAAAUCGAAACGAAAUUGUAGGCACUCAGAACAGAGCCUUUUCUUAAGUCAGUCGCAAAUUGGACACUGAGAAUACGCUCAGAUUAAACGAAGAAACGGUUAAAACAGCUGAAAUUCGUUUGUAAAUAAAAUUGUUUCUAAAAAUAUA